AUGCCCACCGUCUUACUGCCCUCAUCGGCGGCCGCCUUUGCGCCGCGCUCGUCACCCAAUGUCGUCCUCAACACCAAAGUCGCGCCGUGGUUGACUGCGACCCUCAAGCGAGUCAACCGAGUCAAGCGCCCGCUGAACAACGUCACCCAACAUACGCGCUGUCUGACCGAGACACUGUCGUCGAACAAUGCGAUCUGGACCCUCUGCUCGAUGAUGUUCACCAAAGCACCCGACUCAGAACUGCGCAAGGACGAUAACCCCCUCGUGGAAGGCCUUUUCAACUACCAGAUGAUCCAUAUGGAGGCCUACGUGGUGCACGUCGACAUGGUAUCCCGCAACGAAGUCGUAUUCAAGUUGACCCCGGAGACGAUCGAAGCCCUGGUGGACUUUCACAAAGAGAUUUACUCCGUCGACGCCGCCGCCAACACGUGGGACUGGUCGGGCAAACAAGCGCAAUUGAAGAAGCUGCAGGAUGAGUUCGUGCAAGCCGCGAACAAGUUCGUCUACCGCACCGAUGCCGAAGCCCUCGAGGGCCUAGAGGAAGACGGGGCCGGCGAGCUCCUCUGCGGCCGCAGCGAGGACGCCCAGUCCGCCAUCUCGGGCCUGUUCGUGCCUCUGCUGCCUCCGCCGCCGCGCGUGGUCGAUGUCCUGCGCCCAGUUCCGCUACUGCCCAGCUCGACGGGUUCAGAGACCUGGUGGCAUCCCAACGCGUCGCAGAUGGAGUCGUGGAAAGUAAUGCCGCCCAGUCCAUCCCCGGCGAGCACGGGCGAUUCUAACGCGAAUCUCUGGGCCAGUCUUGGUUUCGGUGAUCCUCACGCCCAACUGCCCUCGCCCACCCCGUCUUACAGCCAACCCUACACCACGGCCCCGUAUCCGACCUAUGACAGCAUGGCGGCCACCUCCGCGGCCAUUGCCACCCUGCCACUGCCCAGCAUGCUCGUGCAACCCUGCAGCACGGCUGCCAACAUGGCCGGUUUCGGCGGCUGGGAGAACUUCGCGCCCCUGCAGUAUGCCACGACCAUCUAG